GAUCAAAAUUAGUAGGACCUUUGGCUUUGGCUGGAACGAGCCUUCGAAAAAAAUGUGAGCCAGCCCCGUAUAUUCAAAAUUACGCGAAACCAUAUUGCAAGUGCAAUUCUCAACGGAACUAAAGGUCUGAAUAGCGCAAAGUAGAAAACCAGGACUCGAAUCUCUGACAGAAUGUCCAGCGAGCAGACCGACCGUCAACCGGAAACGGAAGGCAGCCACGAACAGGAAACGGAAGCAGAGCCCGAGGCCCUGGUAGCCGAAGUGCCCUCGAUCCCCAGUGUGGCCAGUUCCGUGGAGGAGAAUGCACCCAGCACCAGCCGAACGGGGAAAACCACCGCACCACUCAGUGGUUGUGUGGUGCGAAUCAAGCGCGAAUUGCAGGACAUUCGAAAGCAUCCGCCACCGAAUUGCACCGCCGAAAUGCAGAACGAGGAUCUCUUCCGCUGGACGGCAGGUGUGAACGGGCCGGCUGGCUCCGUUUACGAGGGCGGUCACUUCCGGCUGGACAUCCGAUUUCCGGCCAGCUAUCCCUUCCGGCCGCCUCGCAUCCGGUUCACCACCCGAAUUUACCAUUGCAAUGUGGACAGCCGAGGCGCCAUUUGCCUGGACGUCCUCGGGGAACGAUGGUCGCCAGUGAUGAAUGUGUCCAAGGUUCUGCUGUCCAUUUACGUGCUGAUGAGUGAGUGCAAUCCGGAUGAUCCGCUGGUCAUGUGCAUUGCCGAUCAGUACAAGACCAAUCGCAAAGAGCACGACAAGAUCGCCAGACACUGGACCAAGCUGUUUGCAAUGACCAAGGCGCAGAUCAAGGAUGGGGAAGAGGAUCAGGAUCAGAGCCAGGUGGAAAAUCAGAAACAGGACCCAGUGGCAAGUCAGUCCAAAAAUUAGCAGUCAACAAAACAGCCAAUGGCCAAGGACCACAUAUAGGCCUAUACUUAAAAAUUACCAAUAAACCCAUAACUCAUUGGAACAUAUAAA